UGGACUGUGGCCCAGAUCUGGGAUGACUUUGAAGACUCAGAUGUUCGAGAAUGUUUAUCUUCGCGGCCCAUGGCUGUUUCAACCACUGGCAAUUCUGCUGCUCUUGGCUUCUGCAGGAAGACUAACUGCGGACCUCCCAAAGGCCGUGGUGAGACGGGAGCCCCCGUGGAUCCAGGUGCUCCGGGAAGACCAGGUGACUCUGACCUGCGAGGGCGCCCACAGCCCCGGGAACCGCUCCACGCGGUGGCUCCACAACGGGAGCCCCCUCCCCGCCCAGGUCCAGCCCAGCUACAGGUUCACGGCCAAGGGCAACGACAGCGGAGAGUACAGGUGCCAGAUGGGCGGGACCAGCCUCAGCGACCCUGUGCAUCUGGAGGUGAUUUCUGAUUGGCUGGUGCUCCAGACCCUGCAGCUGGUUUUCCAGGAAGGGGAUGCCAUUGUGUUGCGGUGUCACAGUUGGAAUAACAAGCCUUUGGCAAAGGUCACAUUCUACCACAAUGGAAUAGCCAAGAAAUUCUUCCCUGUCAGCAAAAAUUUCUCCAUCCCACAGGCAAACCACAGUAACAGUGGUAAAUACCACUGCACAGGACUCAUAGGAAGAAUGACCCACUCAUCACAGCCGGUGACCAUCAUUGUCCAUGGUCCGCCAAUUUCAUCCAACUCUCCUCCUUGGUACCAAGUCAUUUUCAGUCUGGUGAUGGGACUCAUGUUUGCAGUGGACACAGGGCUGUAUUUUUUUGUGCAGCGAGACCUUCGAAGAUCAAUGACAGACUGCAGGAAUGAAGUCAGAUGGUGCAAGGACAUUGGAGACUAAGGACUCCUCGUCCUGUGGCAUAAUGUCAGUGGCCACACUUUCCUUUCUCUGGUAGCCUCUUGUUGAAAGCACUUUUAGCUAAGGAAUCACCUUUUCUGAUCACUUCUUUGCUCAAGCCAUUAAAUAGCUUCCUCACACUUAGAGCAAAAGCUCAAGUCCGUGUAGGGGCUGCAGGAUGCUGUGUGGUCUUGGCCCCCUGUAUCUGUGAUCGCGUUUCCUUCUGCUCUGUCAUGCUUCCUCUUGGUCAUUCUUGUCCUCUUUUAGACACAUGGGCAGUACUGCAGCACGGCUUGUGCUGUUUCCCACAUCAGGCGUGCUAUUUCUUACAGGUGUCUGUGUCGUGCUUCAUCACGUCUGCUAGAGUUUGAGCUCAUUUUAAAGCUUGGUCCUCAGGGCAGCAUGGUGGGAUGCCGGGCUGAGGAGGAGGUGGUUGAAUGUUGGGGGCUUAGCUCGCCUGUGGAUCAAUGCUUUUCCUGAGGGAACAGGUUGACCACGAUGGCACUUUGGCGCUUUCCUUUCUUCCCAGUGCCCCUGUGCUGUUGUACUUUUUUGUUGCAUUUGGAGCACAGGAGGCUUUCCGCAGAAGCCAAGCAGAUGUGGCCACCUGGCCUUGGAGCAGCCUCCAGAACUGUGGGUAAAGAAACCUCUUUUGUCUACAAAUCACCUUCUCUUGGAUAUUUUGUUAUAGCAACAGAAAUCAGACCAGGACUACACCAUCCAGGUCCUUGCUCAGAUACGUCCUUGUCGGUGGGCUCUCCGUGGUCAUUCAGUAUAAUUCUCCUUGUCAUGCUUCUAGUUUUCUCCACCUGAUAUCCUUUUACAUUAUCCCCAACUGAUGUUCUACAUGUUUACUUGUGUGACCCUCUCCCGUUUGAAUAUGCGCUUCAGGAGAGGCCUCUAUUUGUUAUAUACUCCAUGACUAGUUUAGUAUCACAUGAUAUAGUACUCAGUAAAUAAUUGUUUGUGGAAUGAAUAGUUUAUUCAAGUUUGAAAUCAGAGACCUUGUGAACCUAAAAGCAAGACUGUCUACUCUCCUCAUUUUAAAACCAAAGAAGCUGUGGCUCAAAUGAAUGAAAUAACUUGGUU